UUCCACACUGCUCGUACAUGCGGGCCAAACUAGUGGCCAACCGUGUUCCACCCUUUGGCUUAUUAGUCACUGCCUUAGAUAUCAUUCAUUCCUAACCACUGAGUACAACAAACUCUCUUUUGCUGCAGCAGAGCCAAAGCAUGGCUGCACAAGCUCUAGUAUCUUCAUCCUCUCUUACCUUCUCAGCCGAGGCUGCAAGACAGAGUCUUGGAGCAAGAUCACCUCAAGGGUUCUCCAGAAAAGCCUCCUUUAUUGUUAAGGCAGCUUCGACUCCCCCUGUCAAGCAAGGAGCAGACAGACCUUUGUGGUUUGCAUCAAAGCAAAGUCUUUCUUACUUGGAUGGCAGCCUACCAGGUGACUACGGAUUUGACCCUCUAGGACUUUCAGACCCUGAAGGAACAGGAGGGUUCAUCGAGCCAAAAUGGCUAGCAUAUGGUGAAAUCAUCAACGGUCGGUACGCAAUGUUGGGUGCAGUUGGUGCCAUUGCACCUGAAAUUCUUGGCAAAGCCGGUCUGAUCCCACAGGAAACAGCACUCCCAUGGUUCAAAACCGGUGUGAUCCCACCUGCAGGAACAUACAACUACUGGGCAGACUCCUACACACUCUUUGUGUUUGAGUUGGCGCUAAUGGGGUUUGCAGAGCACAGAAGGUUCCAAGACUGGGCCAAACCUGGCUCUAUGGGGAAACAAUACUUCUUAGGACUAGAGAAGGGUCUUGGAGGUUCUGGUGAGCCAGCUUACCCUGGAGGACCCUUCUUUAACCCUCUUGGCUUUGGCAAGGAUGAGAAGUCCUUGAAGGAUUUGAAGCUGAAGGAAGUGAAGAAUGGAAGGUUGGCUAUGUUGGCAAUAUUGGGUUACUUUGUUCAGGCUCUCGUGACAGGGGAAGGACCAUACCAAAACCUCCUAGAUCACCUGGCUGACCCUGUGCACAACAACGUCUUGACCAGCCUCAAGUUCCACUGAAUGUAUUAUAUGUUGUUACAUAUUCUUUACUCCCUUCCUCAUCUUUCAAUAUCCUCCUCUCUGCUCUUUGAGACUGGACUGUACCAUCAUGUCGACCUUUUGUUCCUUGCUGUGGCUCUGUAAGAAUUGACAUGUAAAACAACUAGAGACAUUCGACAUCUUCUUCUC